UCCAACAAGUCGUGCGGCAGUCGCGAGGAAAAGCUCCAAUCCAAUACAAUCCGAGACUCAUAGCUCCAACUACCAACUCCAAACUAAAACUCCGAUUCACAGCCCAAUGAAAGUUUUGUUGAUGUUCGCGUCGAUUUUGAAAUUUGUUUUUAUUUAAUUUUUGAUGCGUCCAAAGUUUAGUUGUCGCUUUGUCUACCGCUCAAAAUGUGCAAUUUGUUGUGGCUUACUGCCUGUUUUCUGGCUCUGUGCCUGCCCUGCGCCCUCAGCGAAUCCAAUGCCACACAUGUGAGCAACCACCAGACGGAAACGGAGACGGAGACAAAGCCAGAGUCAGCGCCAGUGCCAGUGCCUACGGCAGAGAAACUGAUCCGAUAUAGGCGCCAGCCGCCGUACGCCGUGAUCAAGGGACCGGGCAAACGCUCCAAGCAGCGACGACGCAACAAGGGCCCCCCACCAUCGAAGCUGAAGUACGGGCCACCGGCAGCACCGACCUUCGGGCAUGGACACCGACAUGGAUACCGGCACAAGCCAUCGUUCCCAUCGUUCCCAUCGUCGCACGUCGAGGAGCCGAGCUUCUCCAUCGAUGAUUUCCAGCACCUGAAGUUCGAGGGCGGCGACUUCAAGCUACCCACCUCCAGCUACGAGGCCCAGUCCAUGGAUCUCGACUUUUACAGCCACCAUCCCGAGCCGGAGCCCGUGCCGGAUGUGUAUGGGGCCCACAAGUUCCCCAGCCUCGACUUCAGUCUGGAUUCGCCGCAUAUCUCCUCUGACUCUGCCUACGAUCACGUGCCCCACCAGAAGUACGGGGUUCCGCCACUGCAGCAGAGCUACCAGCCAGCCGAUCACUCCUUCGUUUCCCACUACGAGCCACCACCUCCCGCGCCGCCCUCCACCCGCUAUGGCGUACCCACAGCUCCUGCUCCGGUGCCCAGCUUCACGCAUCCGAAACAUCCGCCCGCUCCCGUUCCGGCUCACGAUUCCUAUUCCAUCUACGACCAGAAGAUACCCAACGUUGGCUACCACCAGCACUUUGCCGAGCCACCGAAGCAGAAGCAGAAACAGAAACAGAAGCCACAGUCACAGCAUCCGCCUGUCCACAGUUCCAACUUUGAGAUUGCCUACUCUCCGCCGGCCUUUGAGAUCAGCACCUCCUACCAGUCCAACCACCACGAGAGCUACAUUCCGCCCCACCAAUCGCACGAGGGCAGCUUUGCCGAGCCUCCUGUGCAGCAGCAUCCUUCCAACAAUUACGCUCAGCCCCCAGAGCAUCCUUCCUCCAGCUAUGUCGAACCUGCCGAGCAUCCCUCCUCCAGCUACGUACAGCUUCCCGAUCAUCCCUCCUCCGGCUACGUAGAGCCUCCCUCCUCCAGCUACGUAGAGCCUUCGCAGCAUCCUUCCCCCAACUAUGCGCAACAUCCUUCCAAUAGCUACAGCCAGCCAGACCAGCAUCCUCCCUCCUCCGGCUAUGACCAGCCGCCACAGCAUCCUCCCUCCUCCGCUUAUGACCAUCCGCCACAGCAUCCUCCCUCCUCCGGCUAUGACCAGCCGCCACAGCAUCCUCCCUCCUCCGCUUAUGACCAUCCGCCACAGCAUCCUCCCUCCUCCGCUUAUGACCAUCCGCCACAGCAUCCUCCCUCCUCCGCUUAUGACCAUCCGCCACAGCAUCCUCCCUCCUCCGGGUAUGACCAGCCGCCACAGCAUCCUCCCUCCUUUGAUUACCCUUCGCAUAACUACGCCCAGCCUGAACCACAGCCCGACCAUCCCAGCCAGAGCUAUCCGCAGGAGGACUAUUCGCCGCCCUCGGAGGAGCUGCCACUGAAUCCGCACCACAAGUUUCCCAGCUUUGAUUUCCCCAAGUCCAGCUACGAGGUGCCCAUCUACGAUCCCAUACCCUUCGAGGCGUCCACCAAGGAGGAGCAGCAAGAGGCCUAUCCACCCAUACUCUCGGACAAUUCGCCCGUCCCUGUGCCCAAUGACAUUGCCGAGGACGAUGCCUAUGCGGCCGGCAGCUCGAAGAGCACGACCAAGCGCCGGAAGCGCAAGCGAGUGCCCAACAAGCACACCCUGGAUGUGCCGGAACUGCAGCAGGCCUACGAUUCGGACCGCCAUUUGAGGGAAGACCAAGCGGAUGCCGAUGCCGCUGCCCAUGGAUCCCACUAUGUGGAGCGGAAGCAGACGUUUGGAAACUUUGUGACGCCCACAACGUCCACGACGACAACGCCGUCCCCGUGGAGUCCGAUGCUGCGACAGCGGACCACUUCCAGCACGGCCUUCAUACCCACAAUAGUGACCAGCACGCCAGCCACGCGCACCACCACGCACACACGGGGCAGGAAUCGCGGCUCCUCACGCUAUCGCUCCACGCAAAGUCCGGAGCCCAUCUCCACCAGCGUCACCAUUGAGAAGUCGCAUUCGAAGAGCUACUACGAUGGCACCAUUGCGCCGCCCAUCCCACAGCAGGUCUCCACUUAUGGCGGCCGUGGCACACGACCCACCAGACCCGCCUCCUAUGCGGCUUUACAGCCGGCGGCAGCCAACCAGCGGACCACCAAAGGCGUCUUCGAUACGACGCUCUUCAAGAGCCCGCACAGCGACCGGGAGAUGGAGAGGAACCGGAACAUCCAUGUGCUCCGCCAGAACUUGCCAAAAAACCACAAACUAUAUUAAGUGCUAAGAGGAACGGAAUCUACGGGACCCGUAGGAGGCAAGGGCCUGAAGACUUGCUUAACUUAAGACUUUGAUGCUAGACUUAAAGAUUAAAUUAAGGAUAACAAAUGAAUAAAAUAUCAA